AUGGCGGCUGAGGCAGAUCUAUCGGAGGGCCGCAUGGCCGACAUCAUCCGUGCCCUUGAGCUCAUCCAUAGCCCCUCCUCGACAAAUGAGCUGCGCAGGGAGGCCUUGACCUUUGUGGAGGCCCAGAAAGAAAGCAAAUCUGCUGCUCGUAAUGGUUUCCUGCUCGCUUCCCCCGAACAGAGCAACCCCUUGGUUCGCUACUUCGGCUUGGGUUUGCUAGAUCACGUCUUGCGUCACACCUCCUUUGAGGCAUCAGAACAGAUCGAUGCACUUAGGGGUCUGGUCCUCAAGCUGGCCGAAUCGGUACGGCCAGAAGAUCCCCCGUAUAUCCGCAACAAAAUCACCCAAUUAUGGGCCGAAGUCGCCAAACGGAGCUGGGGUUUGGACUGGAACGACAUGGACGCCACGCUCGUUCAGUUCUGGAAUGCUAGUCUUGUUCACAAGGAUUUAGUCCUGUCGAUCCUGGAAACCCUUUCCGAAGACAUCUUCUACCGCGAAGACACCGUUUCUUCCCUGCGCGGCACGGAUCUCAAUCGGGCUCUGGUGGAGAUCUGCACUCCCCUGUCUGUCUUCGAGGAGAUUCACCCAAAGAAGGACAGUAUUGACCUGCGCUGUGGCCCGGAAGGUUGGCUUUCCCGCAUCUGUGGGUUCCUGGCCGAUUGUAUUGGGAACAUCCAAAACUCGAAGCAAGCAAAAGACUCGGCCCUUAAAGCUCUCGCGACUCUCAAGUCCGUCCUUGCAUGGUCAAUUCCCAAGGCAAUACUCUCUGCCAAUUGCGUUCCUUCAAUUGCGAGGGCAUUCACUUGUGAUGACGAAUAUGUGUUGAUGGCCGCGGUUGAAGCCCUACAUGCCUUAUAUAGCCGUUCCAAUGUCGACAUCGAGGGUUUCCAACCACUUGUCCACGUCAUGUACGAAACGGAGUCCUUGAAUGUGCUGCAGAAACUCUACGAAUGGUCCGUCGUUGGGCCUGACGACGUCGAUGACCUACGAUACACCAUAUGUAAGAAAGUGUCUGAGAUGAUAUCAUAUAUUGCGGGUUUCCUUGAGGAAAAGUCAUUUGCCCUGGAAAGCGUACAGGGCCUUAACCUUCCGUUCUUUUUCCACCUCACCGUCAGCGUUAUUCAAAACCAAAGUCUUACUGUUUCGAUUCCCGUUCUUCAUGUGUGGUCUAAGUUAAUCGCAUCGGAGAGGAUCGGAAAUACAGACUUGGUUACUGGCCUCGUGCCUUCCCUACUGAGUAUUUGCACCGAAAGAUUGAUUCGUUGGGAGUCAUUCCCGUCCGAUUCGGAGAAUGCUACGGUUGUUUUCCUCAACGAAGAUAUUGACACUAUCCCCGAAAGACAUGCAUUCGUUGGUAACUACCGGCGCUACUGCUCGUCUAUCAUCGAAAGCAUCGUACAAAAGAGACCACAGGAAGCCAUUCUUCAUAUCUUAUCGGAAGUUGACUCUAACCUAGACAAUCUCUACGCCGGAGUGGAGCCUUUCAGCGUCAAGUCGUUUUCGAAGAACUCAAUGCCCCUGAUGCGUGCCGACACGCAGUUCGCAGUCGUUGAGGCAACACUGAAGGGAUACAAUAAAUGGGUGUCUGCACAUGGACGGAUGCCCCAGCAAGACGAACAAAAGCGGAGCGAACUAGAACAGAUGCUAGAAGCAUGGGCUUUCAAGCUGAUGCAGCGGAACUUUGAGGAUCCUAUCCUUAAGCAGCGGGUCAUCAAGCUUGUUGUCGAUAUCUCAUCCAAAGCUCUGGAUAAGACCCCUAGCUUUGCACUCAAGGCCCUAGAGUAUAUCCUCAUGACGCGUCUACCUGACCAGCCGGAAUACCCAGUGUACUCCGAGUCCGUCAAGGAACUCCACGGCUUGACCAGCCAUGAACUCCGGAGGUUGGCUAUGCGUUAUGCAGACUACUUUGCUACCUUCUACGACAUACUCGAGCCUAAGAUCAAGGAGAUUAGUAUGGCCAACCGGGUAGAUGACAAGCUCCAAAUGGAGCUCACAUCGAUCCUGCUCAUCAUCAUGCAACGUGCAAACAACGUCGAACCGUAUCUCCGCCAGUCCCGCCUGGUGUCUUUUGUGGAACCCAUCAAAAAUGCUUGGCAGGAAGAGGAGUUUCGUAAUAUGAGCUCGACCUUUGAAGGCUUCUGCGUUAUGCUCGGAUUGCAGAGUGUUGGUCCAUACAUGCAAGCACGACAUGCGCCCAAGCUCGAGGACUGGUCAUCCGUGCCUCUGGAUAGUGAGGGCAAGCUAAUCCAGGAAGAGAUGACCGGAAAGUUCCAGCAAUUGCCUUUGAGAGGCACCAAGACUAUGUUGGCCGUUUCCUCGGACAAACUUAAGAAAACAGAUCAGGCGUACGAACUGGCCUGCAAUAUCUGGCAUGACAUUAUUCCGACAAUUCUGCCAACGCUACUGCAGCUUGUCAGUAACGCGCAUGCCUUCCACAACCCAGAGAACUGGGGUGGCUUGCCUCAUGACAUGCGCGGUGUGGUCGAGCGUAUCCUGACCGAUAGAUUUUGGCAAGCUGGAAUUUCCACUGGAAGCCGGGAUGAAUUUUAUGCCAAGAUCACGGCCUCGAAAGCCUCUCUUGAGGGAUUUGCGUCCUCAGUAAGAGGCAAGAUUCGGGCAGUUAGAGAAUCCUGCUACUCCAUGUUGUUCAGCAUGAGCAGGCUGCGAGAGCAUUUCUAUGGGUUCGCAGAACUUCCCGGCCCCCUUGCCCAGGCGCUGUUCAAGGACUCCGCCCAUCUUUCCUCCCAUCAGUUCUCCGUCCUUCUUAACAUCUCAAGGUGUUUGAUUGAUGACUGCCCUGUCCGCUUCCGGGCCCAGUUCCUGCCUCCAAUGCUCUCGACUCUUUUCACCAAUAUCGACAAGAAAGUGACAUCCGAGUGGGACGCCAUUGAACGUCAGAAGGAGGGCCUUGGGGAAGGGGAUCUAACCGAUGAAAUGAAAUCGGAAAGUAUCCUACGGCAGUUGACAUACUCCGCGGUGAUCUUCGUGGCAAGCCUCCUAGACCCGCAGAGAGGGGACCCCGACGACGAGCCAGUAGAUCCCAGUGUCCCACAGGCGGCACCAGCGCUCUCUGACUCCAUCCGGCAUUUUGUCCUGUCUUCUCCUGAGAUCUUCGAGCCGGUGAUGCUCUUCUGCACCCAUGCCCUCCGUAUGCGCGAUACCCGGUGCUGCAGCAUCAUCACUCGCGUCAUUCGCUCCAUCCUUCAAGACUUUGCGCCCCCCAAUGAUACAGCAACAACCGUAACGAUCCGCGAGUUUAUCUCUUCCGAGGUGCUCAAGGCCUGCAUCACAUCUGUGCACGAACCUUACUUUGUUGACAUGCAGAAAGACCUUGCCCAGCUCAUCGCUUCCAUCUGGAUCCUGUAUGGAUCGUCCAGCCCCACCCCGCGGGCCGUGAUGCUCAGCCUUCCGGGCUUGGACGAACAACGGGUUGCCAACGCAGAGGCUGCUCUCAUACGUUCCUCCGCGGCGCGACAGCAGCGUGCGCUGAUUUUGGAUCUUCUGGAAGGCCUGAGAGGUGUGAGUAUCGCCGAGCAGGGUAAAAUUCUGGGCUCUCGUGAAGAACGCCGAAAGGCCAGGAGUGCGCUACAGGAACGGUACAUGAGUACCGGUGAGAUGGAGGGCCAACAGAAUCACAAGGUCGAUAUCAACGAUGGCCCGGACCUUGCCGGUGUCGCGGACUUGUUCGGUUAA